AUGCUAAUAAAAUCACCAGAAGAAUUACAAAAAUUAGAGGCAUUCGCGAGAGAAGGUGGCAUUGGAGUAGCGAUUGCCAAGAUCGAUACAGAAGCAGAGACUGAAGAUGAUUUAAUGUUCUUUAAAGAUGACAGAGUCGUCGUAUUGAAACACAUCAAAGAUGAUCGGUUUCUGGGAUAUUGUGAAGACGUGAUCGGUCUCUUUUCGGCAAAAAACGUCGUUUUCACUAGCCCGAUAAAGAGUACGGCGCCUCCUAAAAUUGUUAAUAACCCAUCCGAUGUCAUUGUCUCGAACUCGACAAUUGUCCCAUCAGUUUCCGUCGCAUCAAUCAUAGAUGUAAAUAACGACAUGCUUACGUCUAGUAAUGCGAGAAUAAAGUCGCCUUCACCGCCCCUCCUUUCAUCGGUAACUACGACGCCGGUACAAACUCCAACAGUCAUGUUAUCACAAUAUAUUACGCCGAACCAGUUAACAGCAUCAUUAACGUCGCCAGACUUUCUUCCGCCGAUAUCAACUUCUACCACCCCAGUACAUUCGCCGACUAUACCAACGUUUGAUGAUAUCUAUAAGGGAGGACUAAUGCCAUUGGGAUUCCCAGAACCACCAACUACUCUUCCUAAAAUUACAACCGAUCUUAAUACUAAUGUAAUAGCAGCGCAGGAACAGGCGCAGUACACUAUGGGGAGAAGCCCAGAGAAAAUGCAAGACAACAAUAUAAUACGAUUACCAACGCAAUACUCAAAAAAUUCCAACCAAGUACAAUCUCUAGCAGUCUCCCCAAAUUCCCGGCAGGGCUCCCACCCAUCAUCUCCACAAAGAUCUCCCGUGAUUAAUCCCGUCAUGAAAACUUCAACAUCACCAAUAUCUAACCAUACGGGCCCAUCUCUGUCACUGGAUACUGAGAAAGAGCAGAUUGGGGUAGUGGAAAGACAGCAUGAGCAAGGUUAUAAUAAUAGAGACAAGAUGCAGAGAACGCCAAUGGUUGUCGAAAACGGGGUCGUGAAUAACGUGGGUACGAACGUAAACAGCAAUGUUAUAGGAUAUGCUAAUGGUCCAAGACGGCAGAACACUGCGCCAGUAUCAGGAAAUUCAGGGUCCCCGCCUUCUUCAACAGAACUACAACAAUACCAAACAUCCCCUCCAACUUCACUCCAAAGCAGUCCAAUCUCAUCACCGACUUGGCAUUCACAAGGCCAUAAUGUCAAGCCCCAAGAUGCUACUCGGGAUAUGAUUAAUGGAUAUGAGCCAGCACUCAAUAAAAACGGCCAACUACCAUUUGGUGGAGUUCGAUCAUAUAAUUUUAAUCAACCCUUUACAAGCCCUCAUCCUGGCGUUCGCCCUAUCGAAAAUAAUUAUGCUUCUAUGCCUUAUUCCGGUCCUUCUUCUCACUUGCUUCACAAUCAGCAACACCAAUCCGGUCCAUGGCGGAAGAACUCCGCUCCACAGAUGCAAGGUUCUGGAACAAUUGUUCCACCUAGACGUUUAAAUUCCACACCCUCAACGCCGACACCGACGCUGGGAGAUGAUUAUUACUCCGUAGGCAAAGUUGAGAACAAUAACAUGAUAUUCGAUGACCGUAAACAUUUCGUCGACGGUGGAGGAAUACAUCAAGAUAGAACAGUGCAACAACAAUUGUUAGGAUCAAUCCAAGGACAAGGUUACAUGCAAAGGAAACCGAAUUCGAUCCCACAGUAUUAUCAUUCAAACCCUGUUCCGCAGCAACAAAUUCAAAGACAAGUUCAAGUUCCAAAUCGAUUUGGCCAUGUACAACAGAUGCGCCCACCUCAAGCAUCACAACUCCCACCAUCUCGUCCUUCCUAUCUUCACAAAGAACAGCAUUUCCAACAGCAGCAAUACUUGCAGCAGCAACUUGCCUGGCAGCAACAACAGCAACAACAGCUACAGCAGCAGCAGCUUGAGCAACAGCUACAACAGCAGCAGCUUGAGCAACAGCUACAACAGCAGCAGCUUGAGCAACAGCUACAACAGCAACAGCGGCUACAGCAACAACAGCUACAGCAACAGCAGCUACAGCAACAACAGCUACAGCAACAACAACUACAGCAACAGCAGCUACAAAAACAGCAGCAGCAGCAGCAGCUACAACAAAAACAAGAACAACAAAAACAGCAGCAGCUCCUACAAGAACAACAACUACAGCAACAACAAGAACAGCAAAGGUUGCAAGAGAAGCAGCGGUUACAACAACAACAACUACUGUUGCAACAAAAGAAAGAACUGCAGCAGGCAAAACAACAAUUGCAACAGCAACAAUUGCAACAACAGCAGCAACUGCAGCAGCAAAAACAACGACUACAACAGCAGAAACAACAACUGCAACAGCAGAAACAACAACUGCAACAAAAAUAUGAACUGACGCGACUGCAAGAAAAUGAAGACGAGGAACAAGAGGAAGAAGAACAAGAAGAACAACAAAGAGGAAUGUCUCUGCCAUCAACACAGUCCCAGCCAUUACGAUCUCCAUCCCCACCUCCCUCCCCAUCUUCCUCCCGCUCUCCAGCAUCCUCACGUUCUCCGUCACCUUCGCCAGCGAAACGAAUGUCUCGAAUCGUCCUGUCCGCAGACGACGGCGACACUGAUGAAGAAGGUGAAGACGAUAUAGAAAGUUCUCUUAUUGCGUAUCGCAGCCGACCUAAUAGUAUCCAACCAACAACAUUAAGUAACAUGAAGAUACCACUUUUAAUUAUUGAUCAUGUUGACGAUGACAAUGAGACAGAGAACGUCUUUAAUGGAAUGAAAAAAGAAACGAAUGAGAAUAAAACCGACCAAGUUGUGCGAACAGAUGAGUCUGUUAGGAAAGAUGUUCUUCCUGAGAUUAAGAUUGAUUUGGAUAAUACUAAAAGUGAGUCAGAAGAUGGUAAUAGAAGAGUAAAUGCUGGUGGUAAUAAUGGAGGAGACAAGAGCGACAACAAGAUCGCAGCUUCUGUUUCUCGUCCAGAGAGAAAAGACUCUAUGCCUGUACAGAAAGAUCAAAAUACAUCGAGUACGAAGCUUCCCGAUAAUGCUGAGUUGCAAAAGAGUAGUUUAGCUAAUAUGACAGAUAACUCGAAUAAUUCUCUAAGUGCGAAUGGUUCCGGCAAGACAAUUCAGAAGAAAGAAGAAGUUUUGACUGUGGACAAUUACGGAUUCGUUCAUGAUGUCUUAUUGGAGAACAUUCCCGAUGGAGUCGAUCCUAUUAAGAGAAUUAUUCAAGCACCGGGUUCUGAGGAUAAAGGUACGAGAAAUGUUAGACAAUAUAGAGAAAGAGAAACGAAAUGGGUUGCGGUAUUGGGAAGUAUGGAUUCAUCAACCGCACGAGAUUCGAGAAGGAUUAAGAAGCUAGUUAGGCUUGGAAUUCCCGAAUCAGUUCGUGGUAAAGCAUGGCGAUUCAUGGCUAACGCUGACAAAAAUAGGAAGCCUAAAGUUUAUGAUGUCCUCCGCAAGAGAGACAGGCUUCCAAUAUAUGACGUAAUAGAAAGAGAUAUCCACCGCUGCUAUCCUGACCAUAUUCAAUUUCGCGAGGGUACAGGCUCUGGUCAGUCUGACCUUCACGAUGUUCUCAAAGCAUACGCUCACUACAAUCAAAAAGUCGGUUAUUGUCAAGGAAUGGGCAGACUUGUCGGGAUGAUGCUUAUGCAGAUGCCCGCUGAGGAUACGUUUUGGUUGCUAGUCGUUACUAUCGAAGAGUAUAUGAACGGGUAUUAUACGCCCGAUUUGAUGGAGCUGAAAGUUGAUUCUUUUGUUUUCGACGUUCUUCUUGUUGAACAUGACCCUAAAUUGGCUCAGCAUCUGAGCGACAAUCGUGUUCUUCCAAUAAUGUACAUAACGCAAUGGUUUAUGACUCUGUUUACUAUGUCGCUUCCAUGGGCAUCAGUCUUACGUGUCUGGGAUAUAUUUUAUUUCGAAGGCGUGAAACUUUUCUUCCGAGUUGGUCUAGCAAUUUUGGACUGUACUAGAGAACACAUUCUUAAGAAAUGUCCCACCAGUUCAGAAAUCCUAGACUUCCUUCUGCAUAUUCCGCCUGAAAUGCUUACACCAGAUAUUUUGCUCGAAGCGGCGUUUAAAAUAAGACUUAAAAGGAGUACAAUCAGGCGCCUUAAACGGCGAGUGGCAAUUGAGCUUGAAUCUGGUGCAAUAUCUAGGAAUGGAGAGGAUAGAGUGAAAGUUGAUGGAGUUGAAUUUAGAUUGCUGGGAGAUGGGUAG